AUGGUGCUACCUACCGUUGGUGGGUGGGCUGGAGCUCUAACUAUGACGGGUGAAGUCAAGUCAGCUAAUGGAACAGCUUGGUAUGAAAGCAUAAGGAAACCAAACUGGAAUCCACCUAAUUGGGUCUUUGGACCCGCAUGGACUGCACUGUAUGGUAGCAUGGGAUUUGCUUCUUAUCUUGUGUAUAGAGACUGUGGCGGAAUAACAGAUAAAUCAAUUGUACCUUUAAGUUUGUAUGGAGCGCAUUUGUUAAUAAACUGGACAUGGACUCCAGUAUUUUUCAAAUUGCACAAAAUUGGUUUGGCUUUCUUCCAUAUUCUUGCACUGGAUGCAGCUGCAACAGCAUGUACUGUUAGUUUCUUCAAUGUUAACAAAAAUACAUUAUACUUUAUGGCACCAUAUUUGUGCUGGCUUACUUUUGCCACUUGCCUUAAUUAUACCAUCUGGCAAUUAAAUAGGGAUGGUAAAAAGAAA